AUGACAGAAAGUUGCCUCUAUUCCGUUUCAUGCUUUUCGAACUUUAGGCGACUCAGGCAAGGAUGAUUAUGAUGUAUCGCUGUGUACAAGAAAUCUGAAAAUCAGUUGCAUCAACAGAAGACAACAACUCAUCACACUUGGAUGUAUAUGUAUUUCAUCGUCGGAAAAAUCACAUCCAAAUAAAGAUCCAAAGCAGCUCGCGGUUUUCAGAUGUCUUUACUGUGAUCUGUAAGCUGAGGUAUAGGAAAUUGUCUCCAAUGUAAUUUAUCAUGGACUGAUAAAAUUUCCUGAAUUGCACUGCAAGUCUCUGUAUACUUCACUCAGUGGUUUGCUCUGUUGCACAUUUUUUUGCAUUUGCCAAUUGACCACAAACGAGCUUGUAAGGGGGCACAUGAUCUAUGUUUGACAAUGAUGAGCCUUUGGCCUUAAAGAGGAUGCACGAGUUUUCUGCAGUUGAUGGUUUUUCGGAGAUAACCAGUAGCUUGGCAGACAUGAUAAAAUUUCUGGCAAACGAACCCUCGGUGGGUCUUUUCUACAUUCAACAACAUACCCACAAUGCAGUACCCAACCUUGUCAAUCUUAACAAUACUGUGGCGAAGAAAUCUCAUGAGGUGACUUUGCAUAUGGAAGAUUUAGAGGAUUCUAUAACGAUGAUGGGAUCAAUGAAAGAGUUUGGCUUUCCAAUUGCUGAAGAGAUGAUCAAAGAGAUUAAACAUUCCCUGGCUGUCAUGUCAACUAACCAACCGAAAAAAGGGUUAAUAAAUGCCCGUGCCCCCAGUUCAAGUUUCGGGAUGGGGAGAAGUACUUCAUGGGGCCCUUCAACGUGGAGCCUUAUGACUACAAACAGCAUGGAGCAGCAAGAUAGUGAGAACAGCAGUUAUUUGUCGAAUGUGUUCAAAUCUGCUAGGCAAAGAGCUAGCAACUUCAGGUGGACUCAAAUUGAAACCCGAGAACCUAUUCAAGUGAAGCAUGAGCCCUCGUUGUCUUCCCAAAACCAGGCUUCAUCAGCUGCAGAUGCAAGUUCUUCAUCAACUAUUGCCAAGACAGGCAUCGAUGAGUUCCCCUUGCUGAGUCAAACAGAUGAAGCGCUACACGAGUCACAGGUGAAUCGGAGCUUGUCCCAUGGUCAGUUGCUGUCUUUGUCAAAUAACUACGAGGAAUUUAGGGCUAACAAGGAAGCAAAACUGGAAGAGUGGUUGGAAGGAACAGGUGAUCAGCAAGAUAGGACUGAAUAACAUGAAAAUGCAAAUAAACGGUCAGGGAAUCAGGUUGUCCAUGCUUUGGCUAAGGAAGCUAUUUCUUUACCUGGCUAUGUGGAAUGGUUCGAUACUCCCCCUAACUUCAUUGUGGAUGUUUUGGAUUUUGAUAGUUCUAAUUAAUAUAGUUCCGUUACUUGAAAAAAAAAAACAUGAAAAAGCAGAUGGGAUUCAUUAUUCUGGGCAACAUAUAAUGCUUUCUUGUGAAGGGCUCUAUAUGUAUCAUUGCUGGUUGACCCUUUGUAGCUGAAUAAAUGCCAAAGUAAAAAAGAAAAGUCACAAGGGAUGAAAAAUAUUGUUGAAUUUAGGGGACAAGAUUGCAUGUAAUCCAAAAUUAAUUGAUUUUACAGAUUGUAUUAUGAUUGUU